AUGCCUCGGCAAUUAAGACAAUUGUUUGAAAUAAUACUUAUCCACUGUGAACCUUCUGAUCCUUUUACUUUGUGGACAAGGUACAAGGGUUCUAUGUGUGAGGAUUAUCUUCGCCAAAUGAACGAGGAUCAAGCUGAGUACAGGGUGCUUCAAGAUAUUCAUUCUGUACUUAGACAAUCUGGUAAAUCUCUUACUGAUUUUAAUCUUCCAAGUUUAGAUGAAAUACCUCCAGCUGAAAACAUUGAUGUAGCUUUGGAGGCUGAAAGAGCUUCUCAACUGAGGGCUCAACUUACUGAAGAACAGACAGCACUGGCUGAUGCAGUUAUAGAAGCGGUUUUAAAUGUUGCUAACAAUACAGCCCAAAAUAACCGUUUGUUUUAUUUAGAGGGUGCUGGUGGCAGUGGUAAAACCUUUACUUAUAAUUACCUUAUUUCCGAAAUUUCAGGUAGAGGUUUUCAAGCUGGAACUGCUGCAUUUACUGGUAUAGCAGCAACUCUUUUAAAAAACGGUACCACUAUACAUAAGUUAUUUCAGUUACCAGUUCCUAUUUUGGAAAACAGUACAUGCAGAACUCCGGUGUCUGCUUAUGCUGUUGAGCUACGGCAAAAAAAUCUCUUUUUACUUGAUGAAUCUUCCAUGAUUCCCAAGCAUGCUUUCCAUGCAAUAGAUCGUCUUCUUCGAGACAUUUGCAAUAGCGAACUUCCAUUUGGAGGUAAAGUUGUUCUUUUAGGUGGUGAUUUUUCACAAUUAUUGCCUGUUGUCAGAAAAGGAAAACCAACUGAAAUUGUUGACAUGUGCCUAAAAAGUUCUCCACUAUGGCACUUGGUUACAGAAUUUAAAUUAACUCACAACAUGAGAACGAGGCCAGGAGAACAAGAAUUUGCUGCAUGGCUUCUGCAACUUGGAAAAGGUGUUUUACCAGUUCGGGAACAACCACCGUUUCAAGGUGCAAUUGAAGUGCCAUCCAAUUGUGUGUUACAACAAAAUCAAUGUAUUGUUAAUACUUUGUUUAGGGAUUUUCACCCAGAAAAUAUGGCAUCAUCUGUAAUACUAACACCUACAAAUGAUGAUUCACUUAUAAUUAAUGAUCAGGUGUUGGAGUUGUUGCCGGGUGAAGAAAAAAUUUAUUUUAGUGCAGAUGAUGUUGUGUGUGAUGAUGAGGAGGAACGGAAUCAAUAUCCGGUGGAAUUUUUAAAUAGUAUCACACCUUCAGGUAUGCCUCCUCAUUGUCUUAAAUUAAAAUCGGGUGCCAUUGUUAUGUUAUUAAGAAACAUAAACAUAAAUAAAGGCUUAUGUAAUGGCACUCGCCUAACUGUAAGAUAUCUUUACGACAACUGUGUCGAUGCUAAAGUACUCACUGGCAAUGCUAUUGGAGAUAGGGUACUUAUUCCAAGGGUGCAACUUGCACCUUCGGAUACAGGUAUGCCUUUUGUUUUGCGUCGCAGACAGCUUCCACUAAGGCUUUCUUAUGCUAUGACAAUAAACAAGGCACAAGGUCAAACCUUUGAAAAGGUUGGUAUAUUGUUGCGCAGGCCUUGUUUUUCUCAUGGUCAGUUGUAUGUUGCUUUUUCUAGAGCAAGGGCAUUUGAUGAUGUUAGAGUAAGUAUUGUUCCCCCAUCCAAGCAAGGGUUUUUUAAUGGGAAAUGUUACUCUCAAAAUAUUGUUUACCGUCAAGUUCUCACAUAAAUAAUAUUUAAAAUUACCAGAAUCACAAGUUCUCACAUAAUUCUGUUAAUUUUGAAUAUUGUUAAAAAGUUCAUUUUAAAGACACUAAUGUUACAUACCUACAGUUGGUUAUCAUUUUUUUACUGAUAGCGUAUGUAUAACUGUUAAGGUGAUGUCUCAUUAAAUGAACUAGGAGUACUUAUGAUUCUGUUACUUUUAAAUAUUAUCAAAAAGUUCAUUUAAAGACACUAAUGUCUCAUACCUACAGUUGGUUAUCAUUUUUUUACUGAUAGCGUAUGUAUAACUGUUAAGGUGAUGUCUCAUUAAAUAAACUAGAAGUACUUAUUUAAACGUAGAAUCUUUAGAGAAACAAAAUUCAGCAAUUUCCAGAUUUUAGGCUAAAUUGCAAAAGUUAUUUCAAUCUUUAUAUUUUUAAUUACUCAUUACCUGCAUUCUUUCAAUAACAUAAUAUUUAAUUUUUUGGCAUUGCUAAUGC